GGGGGUGGGUUUACCUACAUUUGUUAUGAAAGAUGUCAUUCGCCACAAGAGCUAUGAUAGCUGCGUCAAAGUCAAAAGUAUUGAGCCUUGCUAGGGGGUCUACUCUCCUCCACAGCAGCAAUGUGGGCAACCGGCUUCCUCCAACUUCACUGCCCCUUAACAAGGCGGGGAUUCAGCGUUACAGCACUUCAAACCAGGAGAAGCAAGCGGAGUCAAAUCCAUCUGAAGAAACAGUAGUUCUUACUGAGUCAUGCGUGAAGAGACUAGGUGAGAUCACGGGGAAGGGAGAGUACCUGAGGAUACAUGUGGAGGGAGGAGGCUGCUCUGGCUUCCAGUACAAGUUUUCUGUUGAUAGUAACAAGAGUGAAGAUGACAGGGUGUUCCAGCAGGGAGGAGUGGGCGUCAUCGUGGAUCAGGACAGUCUGGAGUUUGUGAAAGGAGCCACUCUGGACUUUACCCAAGAGUUGAUCCGCUCGGCCUUCCUGGUGCUCAAGAAUCCUCAAGCCGAUCAUGGCUGCUCCUGCGGAAGCUCCUUUUCAGUCAAACUAUAACUUUACUUUUAACUGCAUUAAAUAACUUAUUACUCACAUAUACCUGUUUAUUUAGAAAAGUACAGGCACCUUUCAUUAUACUGAAUUCAAAUCUAUUCUGCCUAAACAAUGAAAAUGGAAAUGACAGACAGCAAAAAUGUAAAUUAUAUGUUAUGGUCUUUAAAAGUACGAGUGUAUCUCUUAAGCUGGUAAGUGGGGGUCAUUUAUUACUUUGGACUAUCCCUGAUAUUUUUGAAUUCCUAGUUCAAAUCACUAAAUACCCCUAUUGUUACAGAAAGCUAAAAUCAAGACAAUAUUUAACUGUGAUUCAUCAUGUAGUUAGAGAAAAGGUCCAGUCAUUUGUAUGUAAAAAAAAAUGUAAAUAGGCCAUAUCUAUGAAUAAAAAGAGCUAAGCUAUAUUGUAUUUGUUUCAUGAAAAUUAUAUUGAUUGAAAUUCA